AUGUCGGCCAUCUACAACCUCGAACCGCAGCCGACUGCAUCCGUCAUCCUCCACACCACCCUAGGCGACAUCUCCGUCGAGCUCUUUGCCAAGCAAACACCACUCACCUGCCGAAACUUCCUCCAGCUUGCCCUCGAUGGCUACUACGACAACACAAUCUUCCACAGACUCGUCCCUGGCUUCAUCCUCCAGGGUGGUGACCCAACGGGCACCGGCAAUGGCGGCGAGUCCAUCUACGAUGGCGGCGCAUUCAGCGGCGAGCUGGACCCCUGGCCAAUGGAUGAGCGACGCGGUCUCAAUGCCGGACCGACGGGCAUCGGGUUCAAGGACGAGUUUCACUCACGGCUGAAAUGGAACCGGCGCGGGCAGCUGGGCAUGGCGAACGAAAGUCGUCCCGAUACGAACGGCAGCCAGUUCUUCUUCACACUCGAUCAGGCAGACGAACUCAAUGGCAAGAACACGCUGUUCGGGCGGGUAGCUGGCGACACGAUAUACAACUUAGCGAAGAUGGGCGAGGGGGAAGUCACUCCAGGCACGGACCGGCCGACGUACCCUGUCAAGAUUACAAAUGUUGAGAUUCUCGUCAACCCCUUUGAGGACAUGGUGAAGAGGUCAAGGGUUGCGACCCAGGCACCCAAGACGGUGGUCAUUGAGAAAAAGAAGAAGAGGAAAGGCGGGAAACAGCUCUUGAGCUUCGGGGAUGACGAGGGCGAUGCCGAGGAGGUUCCGGUCUUGAAGAAGACCAAGUUCGACACGAGGAUAGUAAUGGACGUGGAUGAGGAGGAGGAGCCGGUCGUGAAGAAGUCAACCAAGUCCAAAUCGAAAGGCAAAUCAAAGGUGGAAGUGCCGGAACCUCCGCGACGAGAUGAGCCCGAGCCCGAACCUGUCGAGGAGAAACGGACGGCACCGCCAAAGGAGGUGUUAUCGGAGAAGAAGAGCGCCAUUCCUAUUCGACUUCAAGAUUCUCCGUCGCCAGAGCCUGAGGUGCGCGAUACCAAGACGGCUCUCGAGAAGACCAACGAGGAGAUUGCCGCUCUUAAGGCUUCGAUGAAGCGGAGCUUUCAGUCCGAACCGGUCAAGGAGACCAAGAAGUCUGCACUCGAAAGCAUGAUUCCCGAGACGUCAAUCCGGGGCAGGAGGAGAAGGCCCGGCGGUAAUACGAAUAGCCGUGAAGACCAACAAGCUCUCGAUUUCUUGAAAGCCUUCAAAUCGAAGUUGGAUCAGGCGCCGCCGGAGGAGGCUUCGGAGAAGGGAGACGGACCCACCUCCGCUGCCGAGGAGGAGGAGGGGGCCGUUGAGGAGGAGGGCAAGGUCGCCGACGAGGAAGCGGAACUUUGUGAUCUUCACUUUAUUGCCGAUUGCCAGAGUUGCAAGGCGUGGGAUCAGGCCGCCAAGGAGGACAGCGACGACGAAGGGUGGAUGUCACGGGCGCUCAGCUUUAAAGCGGAUAAGCUGGGUAAGGAUCUCAGUUAUCGCAAAAAGGCAGAGGAGGAGUUGGUCGUGAUUGAUCCCAGGGAAAAGGCCAGGACGCUGCAAGAGGAGAAGAAGGCAUCGCGAGAGGCCCGGAGCGGAAACUCCGGGCGCGAAUGGGAUCAGGCGCGGAAUGCAAAGUUGGCCAGAGCUUCGGCUCUUGCGGGCAGAGGUGCAAGGUAA